CAUCUCACCUGUUUGCCAACCCGCCAGUCUGGUUUACGCGCCCGGUCAUCCGCCGACGCUACAAGUGGCUAUCCCACUUCGACUCUCGCGAGCGAAUGCGCGCGAUCCGUCGCGAGGAUCAUCACCCUGUCGGAAGCACCGAUAGAUCGCGGAAGUACGUGCGGUUAACGUUCGAAGGACUCGAUACCAUCGUGAUAACGAAACUCUUUAGCGGAAGACACUCCUUGCAUUAACCGAGUCCUCCUGCACCUGCUCGCCAUUGUCACGCGAACGCCGGAGCGACGGAGAUGAUCGACACGUCGGAUUGUCGACGUGAACCGAUGCACCGAGGAUGUGUGACAUCCUAAGUGCUCGGCCACGUACGAUGUCCUCAAUGGGCGGGAAUCCCUCAGAAAAACCUCAGGAAAAUUCCGAAGAGAACUCGCAAAUGGCCGUUGUUGCGGAUCAAUACUACGUCACGAAGUACCGUGAAAGUGCCCAAAAUCAAAGGACCCUUUUUUACGAUCCAGCUGGUGAACGACAUCUGGUUCAUUUUCUGCAAGAUCGAUGCCAAUAGAUCUCGCGGCACGUCGCGGCAUUUUGGUCCUCAGGAACGAGCCAUUCGAAGACUCAAGGAGGAGACGACGAUGACGUCCGCAAUCGUCUGAGCAACUGUGACACAGGAGAUUGAAAUAAAAGAAAGAUAACGCUGCACUGUAUACGCGACGAAAAUGAGUUUCUUCAACUCCCUGCAGGAGUACGUGACGAACAGCGUGGCCAGCUUCAGCUUGAGCCCAAAGAGGUUCUCGUUCAGUCGCGAGGACUCAAAAGAUACCAGUGGAACCGGAAGAAGCAGCUCCACUGGAAGCGUUACCUCGACGACCAACACCAGCAGCACCGCUGCCCAGCAAACUACACCGCAUGGCUUCCCCAAGGUUGUACCACCGCCAGGGACUGUCACAUCGUCGCACACGCGUUCUCUCUCGGCACGUAGACGCACUUUGGAGUGCACUUCCUCUCCGGGACUGACGGUGCAUCCUGCGACCGGAAGUGGUGCUACAUCACCAAGGCGAGUUGGCUCUUUUCGCCGGAGCGGCGGAUCCAGUGAUCGACCACCUCUCAUGUUCUGCCGUCGCAGACCAUCUUGGCCGGAAGUCGACAUAAACGCUACUUCCGGUGUUCACGAAACAGAUGGAUCCUUCUUCGAGAGCUUCACCGCAUUAUCGUGGAAGCAAAAGAAUCGAAGACGUGCUGUUCUUCAGGAAGUGGAAGCGAGAGCCGAGGAACCACCACCGCCGUCCAGAGACUCAACUUUGACCUCACAACAAUAUCGGCUUAGCAAAAAGGAGAUGGAGCAAUUGUACAUAGAAGUUCUUUACACGAUUGCAAACACGGUAGGUGCCAGUACAGGACAAUACGCGCAUUACAAAGAAGAUCUGUAUCGGUAUGCCCAGGAAGCCUUUGGGAUGCCACAGGAUCAGCAUCGACGAUAUCUCAAUAUUGCCUCGGAAGAAAAGCCGCCUAUCGUUGUGCUAAGCGUAGUGGUGAUCGAAGCCGAUGGACUCGAGGCGAAGGACGUUAAUGGAUUUAGCGAUCCUUACUGCAUGCUAGGGAUCCAGCCCGGUAACGCAGGUGUGCCAUUGAGCCCGCAAACGAAUUUAACGGCGCAUUCGCCGCAUACACCCCCAGCAUCCCCGAGGCAGGCGACUCGUGCUCUGUCCGAUGGCGGUGAGAACGAUAACUCACACCACGAGAAGCUUCGAAAGCACCACAGUUUCAGGCUCUCGUUUAAGCGCAAGGAGCACAUCAGCAGGCGGGAACACCGCGAGUCCUUGAGCGGUGCUCUACCCGCGAAGUUUAUACGAGCUACUUCGGUGAAGCCGCACACGCUGAGCCCGCGAUGGAACGAGAAGUUCCGUUUUGAUAUCGACGACAUCAAUACGGAUAUUCUCCAUUUGGAUAUAUGGGACCAUGAUGACGAAUCCUCGGUGUUUGACGCGGUGAUCAAACUUAAUGAAGUGCGGGGCGUAAAAGGGCUCGGGCGAUUCUUCAAGCAGAUUGCGCAGAGCGCUAGAUCUGGGAGUCAGGAUGACUUCCUAGGUUGCGUGAACAUCCUUUUAGUGGAUAUUCCAAGCACUGGAGUGGAUCAAUGGUACAAACUAGAAGCACGGACACAAAGGAGUAAUAUUCAAGGUAGAAUCAGACUAAAAUUAUGGCUGUCGACGAGGGAAGACCGUGGAACAUCCGAAGAGGAUAAUUGGGACGAAUUGAGGCAACAGGAAAGACUAUAUACAGUUUUCCUUAAUCAUGAAAUGAACAAACAAGGGGAAGACUUUAUUGGAGAAUUGCCGCAAACCGCACUGACAAUCUUGCAUCAACACGCGAUACAAGGUGAUGUUACCGAAUUGCAGCAGGCUUUGAUAAGGUGGGUAGCGAGUUCUCGACACCAUGCCGUAGAUCCACGGAUGCUUCAUCGUCUUUUACAGGAACUGGAUAAUAGAUGGCAUACUGAAACCCUGUCGCGCGACGCAGAACAGUGCCUGGCAGAUUCUUUCAAUAAUUUCUUGGAGGUCUCCUUGAAAAGAGUCAGGCAACAUAGAGUACUAUACCCACCUCUGUACAGACCGACUAUAUCAAAGCUGGAUUACUUGCUUAGAUGUCUGGGACUUCUUUCAAACAUGAAGGCUUUCCGAACUUGCUGUCCAUUUAACAAGGAAAUCCGUGGAGAGAUUAUUACCGCUCUUAGAAAAGGAACUCUUGACUGGUACGAGAAUACAAGGCAACAGACAAUGUGCCAUGAUCAGGAACCCGACCAGGACGCCGACCGAGUUCUGCAAGACUUCACGAACUUGGUAACAGCAUUACUGGUCGAUCUGGAACAAGGACUCUUAUAUUACAACAGUCUGUUUGAAAGCACGAACGGUGUGCCAUAUUUCUCAGCAGUUUACAAGCAAUUGGAAAAACUGCUGGCGGAACACGUGGCGAAACACAUGGAGAACACUUUCGAGAUGCAUAACGAACUCGGUGCAAGAGUCACCACUGCCUGUCUGCAACUGCAUGGUCAAAACAGAGACGAAGAAUAUGUUUUACCACCCGGUGCUGAAAUAGGAACGCCGAUAUUUGAACUGUACCUGGCACUCCAAGACUUUGUAACCAUGAAGGAGAAAUUACCGCAGUCGGACCAUAAAACUUUAGCAAUCUGCAAAUAUUACGAGUGGUUCAGACCAGCUGUCGACAAAUGGCUGGAUCUCGCGAAGCUCAAAGCAAUCCAGAGGGUAAGAAGAGCGACAGAACUCGAUCAGAUCUGUGGCGGGGAAUAUUUUGUUAAACACUGCACAUCGGCGAUCGAUGCUAUUGCAUGCUUUUAUCAGAUUCAGGAAUUCUGGAAAAAACUAUUAUGGCCGGAUCUACCUGGAUCGUACAACUUUGUGCUAAAAGUUAUUGACGCGAUAUGCAGUUCAGCGGCUUACUACGCAGAAAUAACGCAUCAGAGACUGGCGGAUAGCGGGUAUUAUGAGGAACAUACGCCAUAUAAGACCACAGAUGAGGUAAUCGCUCAGAUGUGCAUAGCUAUUAACGGUUUGGAGUACGUUAGAAGAUGGUUGUUAAAUGUGGGCGAGGAACUCCACGUGGAACAGAUCCUGAUCGCUUUAGAAAGUCAGGCGGGAGACUCUAUUCGAUCACCAUGGCGGAACGCUUUGCUGACGCCGCUGGAGCAAACUCCCGGGCAAAUGUUACUCUUCAUUAAUCAGAUAGUCUCGAGAAUCGGAUCAAAGAUGAGGCCACCUCUAAAGAAGGCGAUGUUCCAUUUAGCUUGGUCUCCCGAUAGCUUACCAACUACAGAGGCGAUAGCACCUCUUGUAGAAUAUCUGGAUGUUCACCUGGUGGCACUUAAUUCGGCUCUGCUAGUCGCCAAUUUCAACCGCGUCCUACAAGAAGUAUGGGAAGUAGUCCUCAGUGAAUUAGGCAGUCAAAUGGACGGUAACGCCGAGGACAAACCAAUAAUGUUCUACGAGAGACUACACGAGGCGCUCGAUUUAUUAGUGAGAUUUUUCAAUGCUGACGACAAAGGCUUACCUUUAGAAAUGUUACGCCGUCAGAGCUUCAUGAACGCCGAAGAACGCCUUCAGUAUCAUAAAAUGGAUACGACCUUCUUGAUCGAUCGAUAUUAUCAGCAACGUCUUCUGGAUCAACUGAACACAUCUACCUUUGAGUAUGGAGUUCUGACAAUACGAGCUUAUUUGAAUCACGAUUCACUUUGCGUCGAAGUGAUAAAUGCGAGGGAUGUCAUACCACUAGAUCCGAAUGGAUUCAGCGAUCCUUUUGUGAUAAUUGAGUUGCUACCACGACGUAUGUUUGAGCAUUGCGCCGAGCAACAAACUAAUGUGAAGAAGAAGACUCUAAAUCCCAUGUUCGAUGAGUGUUUCGAAUUUUCCGUAAGUGUGGAGCAGUGUCGUGAUCCGAAUGCAAUGAUGCUCUUCACGGUAAUGGACCACGAUGUCCUCACGGCGAAUGAUUUUGCUGGUGAGGCUUUUCUAGGACUCAGUACCAUUCCUGGCGUUGCCGACACAAACACCAACAUCGACAAUUUCCAUGGCCUCAAGCACCAGGAGUUACCGCUUAUGCACCAGAAAAACCGGAAUCAUCCGAUUCUCCAAAUACUAGAAAGCCGAGUCGGCGACAAAAUGGCUCUCGACUUUGUGAAGAAGCAGAAACAACGAUUCGCUACGUAAGUGCAACAUGAAAGUCGAGGGUAAAAGAGGAAAACAGUGGCAGUGCAUCAUAACUGCUACCAAGACUUGUAAUCUUAAGAGUUAAUGAGAAAAAUCAAGGAGAAGAGGAAAAGAAAGAGAAAAUCCAUCCCUGCGGAAUAUCGUCGACUCUCACACUCUCCCACGCACUCUACUUUUCUGCCUGUCUUUCUACCAGCCUUCAUCCAAGGAUCCAUCUCGGGUCUACUUCAGUGUAAAUCGUGUUGAAUAUAAUUGGUGUUGGUUUGAAAAAAAAUAAAAAUGGAUAUAUAUAAGAAAGAAAGGAAGGAAAGGCACGGUGGAAAUAGAUCGAGAGAAAUUAUAUCAGAACUAUUUUUGUGUCGAAAGAAAAGAGUAAAGUGAGCGAUGCGCAACACACAGAAAACAGUAUAAACGUAAAGCGUCGGUGUGACGUAGCUAAGGAUAAAUGUUUAAUAGCCCGUCCUGUCUCGGGCUCGAAGAGACGCCGAAACGAUCGCAAAGUCCUUUAUUUUGUAUUUUAUAUACGGGAAGACCGAAUAUAUUUAAUUACUCGUGCAUAUAUUUGCAAACGCUUAGAUAGAGAUUUUCCGAAGGAAUGCACGAGUAUUCACAUAUUAUCAAGAUUCAAAAAGACUUCCCUUUGCAGUAGCGCGACUUCACUUUCGUCUGUCGAGUAUCAAUUGUAAAUGAAAGUGGAGUUUCCUUGAUAUUAACAUAAAUGUGCGCCAUGUAUGACACGUAUGAUGACUUUCUUCCAAACAAAUAAUUAUUUUCACAAACAGCUUCAAUUAUUCUCACAAGCAGUGAGAAAGAAAGUCAUCGAUACUGUUCAUGGAAAGCUCCGCUUUCGACUUAUGUAAAAUUGAUUCAUGACAAAGCUGGGAGGAAAGCAAAAAUCUCUUCUGCUCUCUUAAAUUAACACAACCGUCUUUUAUAAACAAAAAGAAUGAUAUAAAAUUAUGAAUUAAAUUCCAUAAAUUUAUCUAACUCUUCGGACGACGCAACGCACAACGAAUAAUAGCAUUAAUGGCUAACUUAAUCGAUUAUAUUGAUUGUUUCAAUCAAUUAUUGCCAUUUCAAUUGUUAAGAACGGAAAUGAGAUAUAUAUUGCCAAUGAUGUAAAAUUAAAAGCAUCGAGUCAUAUCUUUCUCUCUAAAAAUAUUUGCCGCACAAUAAAUUAUGAAGAUUACUUUUAGGCGCAUAUCUUUUAAUCAAGUUACAUUAAAAUUAUGCUAAUGCAUUCCUAUAUAAUCCAAAUAAAAUGUGCUUUUCCUCCCCGAAGAGCAGCCGCAAUGCUUCGGCGUCACUUCGACGACACUGAUCGAGCCAAGAGGAUCUAUAUACGAUAUUUUUCUUACUCAUCAUUGGCUACAGCCUCUUUCUAUCUUUUCACCACUAAAGCUCUUUUCUCGCUCGACGUAUCAUUCGAACUGAAACGCUUCUUUUCGAUGAUCCAUUCUGUGAUCUCUUCAACAUUAAGAGAAAGGAACAAGGGAAUACAAAAGUAUGCAAGUCAUUUAUAAAUUCACCGCGAUUGAAAAUCUUGCGUGUGUAUUUAAAAAGCAUUCUCGAUAUAUCGUUCUCAGUAUAAAACUAUUCUUAUUAUUACUAUUUUUAUUUUGUUCGUAUACAGUAUGUACGAUUGGGUAUACCUUUCGAUUUGGCGCGAUAUUGAUAAAUUCUUCGUGAAUCUAACAUUGAAGCACAUGUAACACAUAAUAAAUGAAUGAAUGCAAAUUAAUCAAAAAAUCGAAAUUAAUAUGAAUUUUUUAAAGUGCAAUUUUUUUAACUUGCUCGAUACAUGCUAUGGGCUACACUUUGAUCGCAUCUAAAUACGAAAUUAUUGGAACAACAUGUCCGUUUUGUUAAAUAUAUUAAGCAAGUUAAAUUUAUUCGUUUAUAAUAAUUUGCGUAAAUAAUUUAAAAUAAGCAAGAGAAGACAGAUAGUGCAUUGUAUUUGUGUAAAGUGAUUGCAGGUUUAUAUUGUAUCAUUAUUGAUGUGGAACAAAAUUGGCGAUGCAGACAAAUAAAACUUGCAACGAAUAAAGGACAGAAAAAGGAACGAAAAGGCAAAAACGAAAGAUUCAGUCAAACGUACACAUGUCAAUUUUUCUAAUGCACGUACUCAUGCGCGUGCGAAUGCACUUCAUUCUAAUUAUACGAAAAGAAAAUACACUUUAAUUAUAGAUACAAAUACCCCGCGUAACACAUCUUUAUAUUUCACACGCCUUGUAUGACAAAAAAGUACAGAUGAAAGAGAAUAAAUACAAAACACAAACCUUGAAGAUUAAUUCUGAUUCUCGAGAAAUUUUGUGCAUCGAAUUCAUAUCAAACAAAGUCUAUCAUAUUUACUUUUUGAACCUUUUUCAACCACCAAAACGUAUGUACAAUCUAUCUUGUAUCGUGAAACGAAUAAAGUAAAAUAAAUGUACACUCAAGUGAUUAA